AAAGGCGGAACUCGAUAUGUCGUCGAUGAUACCGUCAACGACUACAGGCCAAAAUGGAAUUGCCGCUAGUGACGACGGUAACAACCCUACUAUUAGUUCUGAUCGUGGUCGUUACUUGUCAAGAACAGCGUUUUAACUGUCCGCCCGAGUACUGCCUCAGAGUCAAAUGCGUGAGUGACGAAUUCUGUCCAAAAAACGAAACGUUGUUACCGACCUUCUGCGGAUGUUGUCGGAGAUGUGUUCCAGUCAUUGGUGAAGGUGGAACAUGUUUGUUACUAUUCGGAGCUCCACUGACGUCUGUGUGCCAGAAAGGACUGCAUUGUUGUUCGGGCAUUUGCCAAAGGGAAUGCCCUUAAUUUAAUUUUACUUAAAUCACAGUUUUGCGUCAUUUUCGAUUAUUGCCUAAUAAAGUUGUUCUUAACACGUU